AAAGGAAGGAAAUUAGAGAUGAUCGAGAAUGAAGGAAGGAGAUUGUUGGCAACCCAGGCAACAGUGACUGUGCUCCCCCCACGUACACACACACAGGUGGCGACCGUCAACAUUGUCAGCCGCAGCGGGAGUAGCGAGUCAUUGGCAAGAAUUUGAAAGUGAGGCAUAUACAGAGGAAAUGAAUGAAUAAUAACCGUUGUUGUGAUCGUAAGAAAGGUGACGUGAAGAAAGGAAAGCAAGAUAUCUGUCGUGAGCCCAUCAAGAAGGUGGCCCAUCCCAUUGUCUACCACUGUCUGUCACCUCACCAGUCAUGACUGAACUGUCGUCUUGUGUUGAGAGUCUGCUGGAAAAUGAUCCCGAGCUAGCAGAGGGCGCUGUGGACGUUUUAAUGAAGAUUUCUGACAACAUACUGAAGGAUCCCAAGAAUGAGAAAUUCCGAGCAGUCAAUCUGAACAGUAAUGCUGUUGAGCGAAAACUUCUGCCGGUUGUUGGUGCCUUGGAGGUGCUCUUCCUUAUGGGAUUUGAAGAGGCAGGUGACAAACUCGUCCUCCCACAAAGUGACCCUUUGGACAACCUGCGCCUCUACCGAGAACAGCUGAUGCACUUAAAGACAGGCCAUCUGAAGAAGGCAGCAUGUGGAGCCCAGCAACAGUCAACAGUCAAUAAUCUACCUCUUCUUAUGACAUCAGAAACUGAAGUGAAGUCUAAUCUAGUGUCAAAUUUUGAGAGAGUCCUCGUGUAUGAAAGCCCUGCACUCCAGGAGAAGGCACGGCAGCUGCUGCCUGAACAAAAGCUACAUGAACUAGCAAGAAACACUUUGACCACAAUAAAUAAAGACAUUGGUGAUAAAGAGAAACCACUUGAUUUCCAGGACUGUUUGCUGAUACAAUUGCUGGAGUGGUUCAAGAACAGCUUUUUCACCUGGUUUGAUUCUCCCUCCUGCCCAAUGUGUCACAAGAAUAUGACCAUGGUCGGGAGUCUGCCUCCAACUGAGGAUGAUCUGGUGUGGGGUGGAAGUAGAGUAGAAGGAUAUGCAUGCACAGGCUGCAACACAUCAGAACGCUUUGUGCGGUACAACCAUCCAGGCAAACUCCUUGAGACCAGGCGAGGGCGGUGUGGUGAGUGGGCCAACUGCUUCACCCUCCUGUGUCGCACGGUGGGAAUGGAUGCCAGGUACAUUUUAGAUUUCACUGACCACGUGUGGACAGAAGUCUACUCCCAGUCCCAAGGGAGGUGGCUGCAUGCUGACUGCUGUGAGAACAAGCUAGACAGUCCCUUGAUGUAUGAAUGUGGGUGGGGCAAGAAACUCACCUAUGUUUUUGCCUUCUCCAAAGAUGAGGUUGUUGAUGUCACAUGGAGAUACACCAGCAAGCAGAAGGAGGUGAUGAAGAGACGGGACAAAUGUAGAGAGAAGUGGCUUGUCUCAACAAUAUUAAGUAUGAAUAAGAAGCGGCAAGAAACGUAUGCUGCCCCAAGGAAAAAUUUCUUGGAGCUGCGACUCGUGGCAGAGACAGCACAGUUCCUGGGACAGAAUCACACUGUUAAGGAGUCGGAAAAGCAAGGGAGGUCUUCUGGAUCCCUUGCAUGGCGUGUGUCGAGAGGAGAGACUAAGGCAGCUCCUGUCUCUGGCUACACCUUCCACAUCAACUCAAGUGAGGAGAAGAAGAAGGAGUUUGUAGUAAAGUACUCGCCAGCACAAGACCAGUACAUCAGACUGAAUGCUGAGGAGGCAAUACCAAGGGGUUGGCAGAGUGGAGUUAAGGCUGCCAAGAAUAUUUUUAGAAAAAGAGAGACUGAUUGGAAGAUGGUGUAUCUGUGUAGAACUGAAGGCUCCACAGAGGGAGAAGUGAAUUGGGUGUUUGACUGGUCACACACAAACCUGAAGGUCACCUCAGCACUUGUGGUGUUCCAACAUGCCACUUAUGAGGACGGACGUGUGGACUGGCAGCUGUGCACAGGGGAUGCAUGUGUCAGUGGACCUAAAGAAGGAGUAUUGGAGCUCACAAAGGACGUGCUGGAGCGUGGAGACAAGAAGCUGGAAUUGUCAGCUGUUCUUACCAAAGGACAAGGAAGUGUGGCUUGGCAACACGCUCAGCUCUUUCGCCAGCCAGACUCCUCGACAGAGUUCCCAUUUUACGUCCGCCUGAGGUUUGGCUAGAUGCCUUUGAAGUGGUUGCUUAAACUGAUACACAGUUAAGGUAUAUCUUACUGCUUUGAAUUCCUCAUUUUGAUUCAUUGGUGUACGUUGAGACUCAGUUUGGCUGUAAUAGUUUUGAUUUGUAUAAGUACUCAUUAUUACUAUUAUGUAUUUUCAUUAUUAUUUAUGUAGGUAUUUUAUUUAUUUAUUUGGUUUUUUGUAUUUACAGUAUAAUUUAUCAGUUAUGUCAUAAUAGCAGCUUAUGAAGUAUUUUCAUAAUUCUCUUAUUUAGAAUGGGAGGCCUUGGAAAAUAGUGACAGAGGCCAGAAACUCUUUCGCUCAGUAUGCGUUAGUUUUUGCUCAUUCUGAUUUACUUGGCAUCUUUAUAGUGGUUUUGUGCCUUACAUGAUGUUUUCUUUAUUAGUUCCUCAUGACUUAAAUAAUUCACUAUUAUAAAGUUUCUGCUCAUGUCAAUAGGAUUUGAGACUUUACAGAGAUAGCAUAAAUGAAAAUAAGACCUUAUAUGACUUCAUUUGAUAGUAUGUGAACUAUCAAGUACAAUAUGGUAGGAUCCACUUAAAAAACAUCAAAGAAUGUCUAAAAAAAAGUAGGAGAGUUAUGACUGGUAAGCAAAGCUUAUUCAGAGGAUUUAUUUUGAAGCAGAUUGACAAUAGAUGGUGCUAAUUGUUGAUUACAUAUUAUUUGAGUUACAGUUUGACCGGUGAUGAAUGUUCAAAAAGUUUUAAGAUAAAAUAUUUUGACAAAAGUAUGUGUAUCAUAAUGUAAAUUUGUGUAUAUUCAUAAUAAACUUGAAAACACAGA